AUGCCGAAUGACUUGAUCUCUGUCCAUGUCUCUGAGCCCACCGACGACGAUGUGGCUGAAGUGUAUGUCCUUCCCGGCCCAGUUGGCGUUGACUUCACCAUGUCAGACCGCCGUUGGGCCACGAGACUCAAAACGAAGCUCCUGCGGCGAUCAUCGUUGUCCAGCAAAAACCACCACUCUUUUACCGCCACCACCGCCGUCAACUCCUUCGCCAGUGCUCUCAACUUGAACAAUCAUCACCACGGGGAUGGGGACGAGCAGCACUCCCAUCUGAACCACGGACGAAGGGCGGCGGUCGAGCUACCGUCGGCCGACCCAAACUUUCCCCCGACGGCCACAUCUGCUAUCUCCACCAACCCCAAUACCCUCACCUCCCAACCACUUCCCCCGGCUCUCUCCUCCACCGGUCGUCCGUCCAUCUCCUCCUUUACGGAAUCUCAGUACACUCCGGACGAGGUAGCUAGUGCGCCUGGGUCCAUUGGCGGCCAUUAUUUCCUUGUCCCUGAAUACAGCCAGCCCUGUUCUCCCUCUCGUGGCCCGCGACAAAGGCAACCAGACGCUCCUCCGGACCCGAGCUCCAUCCCUCCCGUGACGAGGAUAAGGCAGACUGAUCUGCAGGACCCUCAGGCCCAGCAUCAAAUCCCACGACGGCGAUCGGACACUAAUCACGAUCGGGAACGUGCCCGAUCUGGUUCGAACCGGAGAAGCUUUCCCUCUGAGCUCCUCAAUUUCCCACUUCCACCGCCGCCAUCACGAAAGGCUGAGCAAAGCUCUCCCGCCCCCCCCUCAACCCCUCCUACCCCUAAAGUUGAUCGGUCUCUCAUCUCGAAUCCGGCACGAGAUCGGUUACCCGCUCCAGAAUCGCAGCCAAACACGCCGUUGAAUGCCGUCGCAGAAAAUCCAUCUGGGGAACCCAGUUAUCACUCCUUCCCUCUCCCUCCCUCCUCUUUUCCUAAGCGCCCGAGUCUAAACAGUCGUCGUCAGUCGCUGCUGCCUGCGUCUCAUCAGCACCUGAUAAAUUCUUUGCUAGAUACUGGCUCCUUCUCGGAAACCGACGGUCCAGGUAAUAAGCACUUGUCGACCUCCACCUCCGGGAUGGGGUCGCGCAAAAUUUGGGUCAAGCGGCCGGGGGGCUCGGCCACGUUGGUCCCUACCUCGGAAGAUGCGUUGGUUGAUGAGCUCAGGGACCAGGUUGUUUUGAAAUAUGCCAACUCCCUGGGGAAAACGUUUGAUGCGCCCGAUAUCAUCAUCCGGAUUGCAACCCGGGAAGGCACGACGAGACAGGCGACUCCCGAUCGCAUAUUAAGUCCGGAGGAACCGUUGUGUCCGGUGCUGGACUCAUGCUAUCCUGGCGGGCAAACAAUCGAGGAGGCAUUGAUCAUCGAAAUUCCCCAGCGUCGAACCCCACGGCCUUCCCCGCGCCACCCCGUAUAUUAUCACCACUCGGAGCCGGGCGAGCAUGGUGACUACUUCCCUCUGAUGCCGGCAAACCCCAACGUUCCCACACCUUCUACACACGCGUCAAAUACAUCGACCGGUGUCAGUGGCCAUCCAGCACCAUCGAUCUCUAUCUUGACCACGGGAAUGGCCCCUGCGCUGCCGUCUCCAAGCGGCCGUACCGCUCGUCAUUCUCGCCGGCCUCCUCUUACCCGGCAUACAACCAAUUCGCCCAAAAUUCUUGGGCAAGCUCCGAGUGCAAAAGACAAUGCAAGCCAGAACACCAUACCUUCUCAAGCCGCCCCCCCAUCAAUUCCGACCCCACCUGGCCCUCCUCCAGAAUCACCACAGACCAAGUCACUUACUCCCCCGACGCGUGGUGCGUCUCCGCGUCCUCGUCCCGGCGGGAAACCCAAAAAGACAAACCGAGCAUUAAAUGGGGCAUUCGGCGGUCUCAUCGAAGGCACUGUGCCGCCGAUCAACGUGCUCAUUGUUGAAGACAACAAUAUCAACCAAAGGCUUCUCGAGGCCUUUAUGAAACGGUUGAGUGUGCGAUGGAAGUGUGCUGGCAAUGGAGAAGAGGCUGUCAGGAGGUGGCGCGAGGGGGGAUUCCAUCUGGUCCUCAUGGACAUUCAGUUGCCGGUGAUGAACGGCCUGGACGCUACCAAAGAGAUUCGACGCCUUGAACGCCUGAACGGCAUUGGUGUCUUUCCCAAAAAAAUUUCCGGACGGUCUAGUGCGGCGAGCGCGAAUGCGACUUGCGCCCACACUCUUAGUGAGGAAGAUACUCUGCACGAUUUAUCGCUAUUCAAAAGCCCCGUCAUUAUUGUGGCGUUGACAGCCAGCAGUUUGCAAAGUGACCGACACGAAGCACUGGCGGCGGGUUGCAACGACUUCUUGACCAAGCCAGUUCGAUUUGAAUGGAUGGAAAAGAAAGUCACGGAAUGGGGCUGCAUGCAAGCGCUGAUUGAUUUCGAAGGCUGGCGCAAAUGGCGAGGAUUCGCCGAUGAUUCUCAUUCCUCUGGCAGUUCGGACGGAUCUUCCAGUCCUCUCCACAGGAGCAGUGAUGCUACUUCUCGAAGAAGCUCUCCAGCUGGAGCAUCCUCGGCCGCACCCACGAAAAAGACGGAAGGCAAAUCACUUCGCCACCACAAGCGACUGGAACUGAUGCACGAGGACUCGUCGGGAGCGGGCAGCGGAGACGGAUCGGGUUCUCCUGCGUCGUUGCACAUGGAUGUGCCGCCGGUGAAAGACGACGGGGCUUAGCAUUUAUUCCUCCUUUUGUGUCUUUUUAUAGAUACCCCCCAACAUAGCUAUGCCAGCUCUUUAUUUUUAUUUUUAUUUUUUUUAUGUGUGAUGUUAUAUAAUUCCUCCCAACGGCAUCUCCACGCAGAUGAAGAGAUGCUCAAUUG